GUUUUUCCUACUACCUCGUAAUCACAAUCGGUUGCAAUGAGAACGAGACCAACUUUUAUUUCCAUGUUGUUAACGCUUGUUGUCAUGUCCUAACCUUGAUGGCGUUGGAUUGAGAUGUCAAAUUCAACCGACAAUAAGACAAGGCUGGUAAAUAAUCAAUUGUAUGAUGAGACUUUGUCAGUUCAUGAUGAUGAAGAAAUAGCAAGUACAUUCACUCCAAGCCCACGCCCUGCAAGGAUCAAAGGACCAAAUCAAAACAGUACUGAAAUGGGAGAUUUAGUAAGUGAUGAUGAAUUUGACCAUGAUAAUCUGGUAGAAACAAGUGCGCCACAAAAACAGCCAUCAAAGAGAGGACAACCUAUAAUGGCUCAAAAAGAAAAACCUGCAGUGGUCAAGGCACAAGGGGAAGGAAUUCCAAGUGGCAGAACAAUUCAAGCAAGUGAUGAUGAUGACGAUGAAGAAGAUGACGAUGAAAAUCAGAGUGAUUCUAGUGAUGAAGAAGAAGAUGACGAGGAAGACGAAGUAGCGAAAGGAGCUCUUGAAGGAGCUUAUGACCCUGCAGAAUAUGAACACCUGCCAGUCAGCCAAGAAAUUAAAGACUUGUUUCAAUUUAUAACAAGGUAUACACCACAAAAUAUUGAAUUGGAGCACAAGCUGAGGCCAUUUAUUCCUGAUUAUAUACCUUCAGUUGGUGAUAUUGAUGCAUUUCUUAAGGUGACUCGUCCUGAAAAUAAAGUAGAAGUUCUUGGUUUGCAAGUUUUAGAUGAACCAUGUGCAAAACAGUCUGACCCAACAGUGUUAGAUUUACAGCUGCGAUCAAUAUCAAAGCAAACCACAGCUAAACAAAUGGUUGUAAGAAGCAUUGAUGAUGCUGAGAAAAAUCCAAAAGCUGUCGAUACCUGGAUUGAAAGCAUUUCUGACUUGCACAAACAGAAACCAGCACAAAAUGUUCACUAUUCGAAAACAAUGCCAGACGUAGAAGGGUUGAUGCAAGAGUGGCCACAUGACUUCGAGGAAAUGCUUAAAACAGUAGGGCUACCAACUGCUGAGCUAGAGUGUGACCUUCAACAGUACAUUGAUAUUGUUUGUGGAAUCUUGGACAUACCUGUUCAUAAAAGUCGAGUGCAGUCGCUUCACGUUCUUUUCACUCUCUACUCAGAAUUCAAAAAUUCACAGCACUUCAAUCAACUGGCACGAGAUAACCUGUUGUCAAAUAAACUGAAAGGGAACAGAGGAGCAGCCAAUGAAAGUGAAGAUUUCCAGUCUAUGACAUUUGAGUAGCAAAACUAAUGUAAAAAUAUCGAUUGUUAGCAUAUAUUUAUUAACCAUGUACAAUA